AAACAGUUUUGCAGCGGACGUGUUGUCGUUCCGGACGUGACUCAGUGUCAGUUUGACAGAGAAGAGGAAGAAGAAGAUGUUGGUGACCACAGACGGUCAGUGUCCCAGGGCUGUGAUGAUGAUGAUGAUGAUGAUGAUGAUGAAGCUGCUGCUGCUCCUCUGCUCCGGAGUCCACGGAGUCCGGUUCCGGGGACCAACAAACGACAGUCUGACCGAGUCGGAGCCUCAUUCCUGGGCUGUGGACAUGGACUUAUCCGCGGUGAUUCACCGAGUGGAACCGCGAUUUCUGUCCGUCACCAUUGACGCAAGUUUGGCUUCAGAGGAGAAGUUCAUGUCCCUGCUGCGUUCCUCCAAACUACGGUUCUUGGCCAAAGCUCUGAGUCCAGCCUUUCUGAGGUUUGGUGGAACCAGUCAGGACUUCAUGGUUUUCACUCAUCAGACGUCCAAUCAGCUCGGUCCAUUCGUCCCGGCAGAUCAUGUGUCAUGUGACCAGCUGGAGCUGCCUGAGUGGUUGGAGAGGAGGUUGAAGAGGGCGUUGUCCAAGCAGCAGAUGAUUCUGAUGAAAGAGGACGUGAGGAGGAAGUACAGACGGGUCAAGUUCACAGAAUACACGGUGGACGUGCUGCACGCCUUCGCCAACUGCUCAGGUUUGGAUCUGAUUUUUGGGUUAAACGCGCUGCUCCGAAAUUCCGACAACACCUGGAACGGCAGCAACGCUCGCUCACUGCUGCGGUACUGCGAGUCCAGGCGCUACCACAUGUCCUGGGAGCUGGGAAACGAACCAAACAGUUACAAGAAGAAGGCCGGGCUCCGUGUGGACGGGUUUCAGCUCGGACGAGACUUCACCAAACUCAGAGAGAUGAUGUCACAGUCAGAAUUUUACCACAACAGCCAGCUGUACGGACCGGACGUGGGUCAACCAAGGGAUCACAGGGUGGACAUCCUACAGGGGUUCCUGCGGAGCGGAGCUGAUGCCGUUGAUGCCUGUACCUGGCACCAUUACUACGUUAACGGCAGAGACACGUCCCUGCAGGACUUCAUAGACCCUGAGAUUCUGGACACGUUGGCCGUGAAGACCAAGGAGGUUCUUCAGAAGGUGAAGAAGGCGUCUCCGGGGAAGUCCGUGUGGCUGGGUGAGACCAGCUCGGCGUACGGGGGAGGGGCACCGGGCCUGUCGGACACUUUUGUAGCAGGGUUCAUGUGAGUUGUUUUGUUGGAGCAGCGGAACGUCGGUGUGUAGAUUCCUGGUCGUCCAGAGUUCGUUCACUCNGGAAGUUACCACCUGGUUGAUAAUAACCUGGAUCCACUUCCUGACUACUGGCUGUCUCUGCUCUACAAGAGACUGGUUGGUCCUGAGGUCUUGAACAUCUCAGCCUGGUCAGCCUCCGGUCAGAGAGUGAGGCUGUACCUGCACUGCUCCAACACUAACAGCUACAGGAACGGCGCUGUGACGCUGAUGUCUCUGAACCUGAGUCGAAAGACGGCCAGGAUCUCCGUGCCGACGCUGGUCUCCUCCAGCACAGUGGACGCCUUUGUCCUGCAGUCUGACCGUCCUGGGGAGGAGGGACUCUACUCCAGGUCUGUGACUCUGAACGGAGUGGUGCUGAAGAUGGUGGACGAUCAAACUCUUCCUGACCUGACAGGAAGUGGUCUUCCACCUGCUGACCACCUCCAGCUUCCUGCCUUCUCUCUGGCCUUCUUUGUCUUCAAGGACGCUCAGGCUACAGCCUGUCUGGACCAGGUGACCCUGAGAUGACCUUCAAACCUCAGAGACCUUCACUGCUGAUCAGUACAGUCUG